UCUUGUCAUCACGGGGGGGGGACUUUUAAUAUUUUUGCAAAUCUCCCUGGGUCCUUUCUGAGCUCAAGUCCCCCGUCAUUUAAGAUCUCGGUCUGCAGAGAGCUUUACAGGUGGUACUCUUGCCUCCAGGAAACUUUUAAUCUCUCUCAUUCACACGCGUCGUUCUCUCUUCCUUCCCUACUGAGUUCAUCUAAUGGUGCCUCUUUCGCCACCACAAAAAAGCAAGACAGAGUUCACAAUGAGUUGACUUUGCUGAAAGUGGAGCCCUGGCCAGACCAGAAGGACACGUGGGUCAAGAGUUAAGGGCAGGUGGGCAGGGAUGUUUCAACCAGUCCAGCUGAAUUUGCAAGUGCCUUCCUCCAAGGCAGAGAACACGUUCUCUUUUCUUGCCUCUCGAACUGUCUUGCUCUUUUUUUCAGAUCAGUCUGCAUUUUUUGGGCUUUCCUCAUCUCUCCUCUCUCUCCUCCGCCUACUUUUUAAAAUUUAUUACUGCAGAUGUUUGCACGAAAUCAAGAUCUUUUGUUGGCGAGCUGUAUUCCCUUCUCUCCCGUCUCCUACCUUCCCGUGUGUCUUCUCCAAUGUAGAGAAAGGGCCAUGAAGCCCAAGUCCCUCAAAACCGGCGUGGGAUGCACAAGGAGCUGGGAAAGGUGGGCUGGGACUGAGAUUCAGAAGGUCAUGAAUCCCAGGGAAGGUCCCGUCUCAGAUGGUGUGGAGGGUUGGUUUCCAAGUGUUUCAUUACCAGGCUAAAUAAUGUCUUCAGUGGAAUUUAGGGAAUGCCAGUGUUGGCGUUCUUCUACUUGUAAGGGCUUUGUGUGGUCAGUAGUGAUGGGAGGAUCACAUCAGGUGAGGGUCUUGUGAUGGUCAGGUGUGGGUCACAUCAGGUGAGGCCUUUGUGAGGGGCCUUGUGAUGGUUCAGAUGAGGGUCUUAUGAUAGGUCUUGUGAUGGGUCACAUCAGGUGAGGGUCUUGCGAUGGGUCCAAAAUUCCAACAUUCAGAAACCAACCCACAAGCUUGGAGAACAAUUCUCCACCCUCAUCCUACACCUGAGCUACAGAUAUUGCAUGCUUUCUCGCGUUACGUUUCUGCCCCGGACUCAAGAUUCCUUUUAUCAGACCAAUAUCUUGGGUUGUGGCUUUUCCUUCUGUUCCUCAAGGUCAUUCCUUCUUCUCAUUAUAAACAGCAAACACGUGCAAUCUAAAUAGGAAUGGAAUGACCCUACCUGUCCUUUUUAAAUGCACGAGCACCUUGGUCCUUAACAAGACAGUGAUGAAUAAUUGAAAUGCCCAGAUAGAAUCUUCAAGGAGGAAGAGGUGAAGUUCACGUCUCUGCUCGGGACAGGAACCUGAACUAAAAUCAUCUCCGAAAAGCCAUCGGGGUAAUUCUGCCCCAAUCUGCUACUCGCCCGCUGCUCCUUGAUGCAUACAGAGGGCUCAGAGCAGGGAGCGAUGGAGACAUCCCCCUUGGUGCCCUCGCGCCCUCUGCAAAUUGCUUGCCAAACACGGGCAAUCUGCCUGACUCUCAUUUUUCCGGUUGCUCUCAGAAUAAAAACCCUUAUUAAACCGGCUUGUCGUCAUUUAGCAGAUCAGUGAUCCACAGCCGGGCGAUCGGUGACAGAGCCUGUGAAAAUUGUGUGGGUUAAACGAGUGGCACGGCAAAGGCAGGAGACGCCGGCUUGUGGCGGGGAGAGUGGAAAAAGCUCAGUGCGGCUUCUUCAAACUGGCAGGAAGCCUAUUAAACAAGUCCAGCCAGUUCUCACGACCACAACUGAGCCCAAAGGUCACGUCGUUAAGUGAGGAACUUGUUAAGUGAGCGUUGCCCCGUUUUGUGACUUUUCUCACCACGUUUGUUAAGUGAAUACACUUUCAGUUCUUAAAUGAGCGACACAGUUGUUAAGCGAAUCUGGUUUCCCCAUUGAUUUUUGCUUGUCAGAAGGUUGCAAAAGGGGAUCAGCUGACUCCGGGACACAGCAACCGUCAACUAAAUAUGAGUCAGUUGUCAAGCAUUCGAAUGUAAAUGUGAGUCAGUUGUCAAGCAUUCGAAUGUAAGCCACGUGACUGGGGAUGCAGCUACGUUCAUAAGUGUGAAAAAUGGUCAUGUCCCUUUUUUCCAGCAUCGUUGUAACUUGGAACAGUCACGAAAUGCACUGUUGUAAGUCAAGGAUUCCCUCUACCUACAGCUAGCCUGGGGUGCCUGAAGAAUCUUCUCCCCACCAGCUCCCAUAGGGAGCAACAGGGCAGGCAAGGCAGCGAUCUCAGUUCUUAAGCCAGGGGUUCCAAACUCCUCUUAGCCCCAUAGGAAGUCCCCAGCAGUUCUUCCUGCAAAAACCAGCUUGGGAGAAGUAGAGUUAAAAAUCAGGUCCCUACAACCAUGGAAGUUCCGAAGGUGCAUCCUCCAUACACAAUCUCCUGUUUUAUUAGCCCAGCACGUUCUAGGCCUCCCAGUCAGGUUUUGGCAGGAGAAAACUAGAGCCAUAGAAGAGGCUUCCAGCUGGAUAGAAACAGCAGAGCAAUUGCUACGUUGAAGGCCGUCCUAGGUACUUUCCAUCAAAAACUGGUUUGACAAUCCUGUUUCUUCCACCGGCUAAUAAUGUUUGCCCAAGACGGAGUUUAUUUACCAUGGGCUCUUCAUUCAGUCAGGCCGUUCUUUCUUCCCGGAGCCUUAGUAGGAGAACAGCUGUCGUUUUCCUCCGAGGAGUCCAGGCCAGGCAUGAGCCAUGAGCCAAAGUCACCCUCUCUAGGAAUGCUUUCAACCGCCACCCGGACCACCGCCACCGUCAGCCCCCUGACCCCUUCUCCUAUCAAUGGUGCCCUUGUGCCCAGUGGCAGUCCGGCAGCCAACAGCACUUUACAAGUCCAGGCUGUGCCCUCCUCCAGCUUUGCCGCCGCCUUGCGCAAACUAGCCAAACAGGCUGAGGAACCCAGAGGGUCUUCAAUAAGCAGCGAAUCGUCUCCAGUUUCCUCGCCGGCCACCAAUCACAGCUCUCCGGCAAGCACGCCCAAGCGAGGACCCAUGGGGCCCCUCAUUGUUCCUCCAGGAGGGCACAGUGUGCCGAACACACCUCCUGUGGUCACCAUUGCACCCACCAAAACUGUAAACGGCGUCUGGAGAAGUGAAGGACGACAGCAAGAAGCUGGGUCACGAAGCAGCGGUGGAGGCAGCAACACGAACCGGGACCGCCUGAUCGCCGAGGCUCCCUUGCCGCAGGAGAAAGCCAGUGGCCCAACCGUCCCUUCCCAUUUGCUGGGGGCGCCUUAUUCCUUUGCAAUCCCACCCAACUCCAUCGUCCAGGAUUCUCGUUUCCCACCUCUCAACCUCCAGCGUCCUGUCCACCAUGUGGUGCCUCCUAAUGCCGAAGACUACCUGCGGAGCUUCCGGCCCUACCACGCAGCCGAGGAGCUCCGCGUGUCCUCCCUGCCUCCCCUGGCCUUGGACCCGGCCACUGCCGCUGCUUAUUACCACCCCAGCUACUUGGCUCAUCACCCUUUCCCUCACCCGGCUUUCAGAAUGGAUGAUUCCUACUGCCUUUCAGCUCUUCGCUCUCCUUUCUACCCAAUUCCAACUCCUGGUUCGCUCCCACCACUCCACCCAUCAGCCAUGCACCUCCAUUUAUCGGGAAUGAGGUACCCCGCCGAGUUGUCCCAUUCAUCUCUUUCUGCACUUCAGUCGGAACGCCUCUCCAGCCUGACCGCGGAGAGGCUGCAGUUGGAUGAGGAGCUGAGGCAACGGGAGCGAGAGAAGGAGCGAGAACGGGAAGCUGAUCGGGAGCGGGAACGGGAAAGGGAGCGGGAAAAGGAGCUGGAGCGAGAACGGGAGCGGGAGAGGGAACGGGAGCUGGAAAGACAGCGCGAGAGAGCCCGGGAAAAGGAGCAGAGCCUCGUCAAAGCCAUGGAAGGCCCCUUUCUGUCUGUCUCAGAAUUGCAAGGGCCUAGGACCCACCCAGCCGAAGAACGUGUCAAACCAUCAGAACAGCUAACGCCAAACCGAGCAGCAGAAAAACCAAAGGACUCUUCUGCUGCCCAGACCCCAAAAGCAGUCCAGCCUCCGUUGCACCAGUCACCUGCCUCGCAGCACCCGGUGCCCAGCUUGAUUUCCAACCACAGUCUGUUCCCCCCGCCUGGAGGCAGCACAGCCACCGCACUCCUCAUCCAACGCACCAAUGAGGAGGAAAAAUGGCUGGCCCGACAACGGCGGCUACGACAAGAGAAGGAAGACCGCCAAUCCCAGGUGUCUGAGUUUCGGCAGCAGGUCCUGGAACAGCAUUUGGACAUCGGGCGCCCAGCCGGACAGAUGGAAGUGGAGCAUCGGCCAGAGAACUCCAGACUGGGACCAAACCGCCCUGAACUGGGGAGCCGAGAGCAACCCCAGCAUUUCGGAGGGCCCCCUCCACUCAUAUCCCCCAAGCCGCAACCCCAUCCGGUGCCCACGUCCCUCUGGAACCCGGUCUCCUUGAUCGACAGCACCACGGAAGCUAGGAGGCUACAGGAGAGCCACCCGCUCCCCGCCCACGUCAGCCCGUACGAGUCCACCCGGCAAGCCAUCCCUUUGGUCAAAGUGGAACGAAUCUACUGUCCCGAGAAGGCUGAGGACGGAACCCGGAAAAAGGAACAUUUGGACAAAUACCUACCAGGCCGGGAGACGGGUGGAUCCGAGCCCGGUGGGUUUCCCCACGGACCCUUAUUAAGCGAAUGGGAGAAGCCCCUGCAGCAGAGGACCCCCCUCCCACAAAGCGGACCGUUUGUUGAGACAUUGAAGAACCCGACGGGCUCCCCGUACAGGCAUCUCCUGCCCAGAGGCCAUGAUCCCAUGUAUGUUUACGACGAGUUCUUGCUCCAGCAGCGUAAGCUGGUCAGCAAGCUGGACCUGGAGGAGAGGAGGAGGAGAGAAGCUCAGGAGAAAGGAUAUUAUUAUGAUCUGGAUGAUUCUUACGAUGAGAGCGAUGAAGAGGAAGUACGGGCUCACCUACGCUGUGUGGCAGAACAGCCCCCUUUGAAGUUGGACACUUCCUCUGAGAAGCUGGAGUUCCUGCAGCUUUUUGGGCUGACCACUCAGCAGCAGAAGGAGGAGCUGCUGAUCCAGAAGCGGAGGAAACGACGGAGAAUGUUGAGGGAGAGCAGCCCUUCCCCACCCACCAUCCAGAAUAAGCGUCCAACGCCUUCCCCUCGUUUUGUGCUCUCCACACGUUACAGCCCGGAUGAAAUGAACCAUGGUCCCAACUUUGAAGAGAAGAAAAGGUUCCUCACAACCUUCAAUUUAACCCACAUUACUGCAGAAAAGAGGAAAGAUAAAGAGAAGCUGACAGAGAUGCUUCAUGCCAUGAAACAAAAGAAUAUCUGCACGGCAUUGUCAGUUAAAAACUCCCCACGGGACAGUCCUAGUAUUGCCCAAGCUGACUCACAAGUUCAGCAAACGGCGCCGUUGGAGUCGGAUAAACCGGUCAACGUGGCUCCAGCUUCUCUGCCAGAAGCCCAGAAGGCCACGGAGUCCUGCAGAACAAAUCAUCUGAGACCACAUGACUUUUCCAGAGCCAAAGACCCCGUUCCUCUUCCCGCUGAGAAGCCCCGGUUGAGCGACGGGCACACGGUCAAGAAGAACCUCAGCCUCCUGAACUGUGUCCGGGGCUCUUUGCCGAAAGAGGUCCCUGUUCCGCUCUCCCAUAGCAUGAACGGGAAGAACAAGCAGUGGGAACCGUUCCUUGCUGAGGAGUUUGCUCACCAGUUCCACGAGUCCGUCUUGCAGUCCACCCAGAAGGCUUUGCAGAAACACAAAGGCAGUUCAAUGGUUCAUUCGGCGGAGCAGAAUCAUAAAGUAGAUGCGGCCAUCCAUUAUAACAUUCCGGAAGUGCAGACUUCCAGCUGGGGGUCUUUGCCUCAGCAAAACGGACAGAAAGAUUCCCAGCACAAGGGACUGCUUCCUCCAGAACACGAGAAGAUCUCGGAUUCCGAAGAAGAGGAGGAAGAGGAAGAAGAGGAGGAGUACCCCAGACCAAAAUGGCAUGGGAUUGAAGCAAUCUUUGAGGCUUAUCAAGAGCACGUUGACGAGCAAAACCUGGAACGGCAAGUGCUGCAAACUCAGUGCCGACGUUUAGAGGCCCAGCACUACAGCCUCAGUCUGACCGCAGAACAGCUCUCACACACCAUGACGGAACUAAGGAACCAGAAGCAGAAAAUUGUCUCGGAAAGGGAACGGAUUCAAGCCGAACUGGAUCACUUGCGAAAGUGCCUUGCGUUGCCUGCCAUGCAGUGGUCCCGGAGCUAUUUCAAGGGGUAUCCCAGAAUGAACUGGAUAACCCGUAAUCUGCACAGUAAUAAAUCUAGUAGAAGAAAACUGCAGCUUCCAAACGCGGACUUCCCAUGCAUCCAUCAGCUUUCGGGCUGGAAGUGCACUUCAACCUGACAAAUAAAAAAGUGAAUAAACGAAACAAGGUACCUUUUAAUUCAUGGGGAGGGGAAGAUGUAUAGAACAUACAAUGCAUAGAUGAUGUACCCCGGCGGGUAGAAUUUUCAUACAAAGAUUUUGCAAUUAAAGAGUUGAAAAAAGGUGCUUCAGCCUUAGUGUGUAUAUAUUUUAAAAAAAAGUUUUGUAUGUUUUUAUUACUUUAAUUAUUAUUAUAAAAAGCUUGCCAUUUUCAAUAUGUUUCUGCUUUUUUCUCUCUUUUUUUUUGGCAAAAGGAAAAAAAAUGGACUUGCUUUAGUGUUUUUACAGCUGCUGGUCAGGACCUGAUAAAAUAAUAAAGUGUUUUUUAAAAAGAAUUUUAAAGGGAAGCUUUCUGCUGGGCAAGUGCAAUCACCUGUUGGUAUUUUGCAGCGUGGAGCACAAGUAGCUGGAACAGAAAGCCUCUUGCUAAAAGCCGGGCUAUCUUUUCCCGUCAUUUUCUCUUGUGUCUUUCUCUCCUCCCCUUCCUCUUUUUCUUAAAGCACUUGAAAUACCAACUGUGAUUAACUGCUGUUGAGAAGACAAGAGACAACUAAGAUUUUAGUUACAAGAUUUAAGACGUUUAAGUGGAUUCAGUCAUUGUCCAUUUUCCCCACGACAACUAAAAUCAUAUAUUGGUGGCAUCAAUUUUCAGGAACGUAGUUUCUUUUUUUCCUUUAGAAGAUCUAUCCUGAAUCAUCACAAAAUAUAUGAAAAAGAAGGGAAAAUCAUGCUAAAAUUAGAGUUGUUCACACACAAACACCCAGAAUCUUGGAAGCUACUGCUGGCAUGACAGAAGCCUAUUCUGCAAGGGGGGGGGGUCAUAGCUAGUCCUUGACACAGUGUCUGUAACAGGUUACAACCGCAUACUAAAAAAAAAAAAAAGUGAGUUAUGAUCGGCCCUCACAAUUACAACGAUCGAAGUAUCCCCAGGGUCCCGAUCACAAUCUGGGCACUUGGCAACCAACUGGCAUUGACGAUGGUUGCAAGAUCCCAGAAUCAUGUAUGUGAUCACCAUUUGCAACCUUCCCGGGCAGCUAAGCAAAUUCAGGGGAGGAAGCUGCAUAAUUCACUUACCAAUCAUGCCCUCCCCAAAAAAGACUGUAAAAUGGGGCACGACUCAUUUAACAACCGCCUUGCUUAGAGUGGAAAUUCUGGUCCCAACUGGGGGACCAGUAAAUGGAGCACUACCUGUAUUUGUACAUGGACCCCAGCAAACUGCCUGGAUUUUUGCAUUUCACAGGCACCAUAGUACUAAAUACAACCGUCUUUCCUGUAAAGUGAAAUUAUCCACAGAUGUACCACUGUAAAUAUAGUGGGGCUGUGCUAAUUCUUUACCAAAGGUGCUUUAGGAUAUGAGAGAGCUGGAAUGAAGGAUCACUUUUGGACCUUUUAAGAUAGCUGCGUCUUUUAAGUAGCUGCUUUGAAAACAAGCCCCCCUCCCACCGUCCUUUGGUGCCUCUCACCCUGCUCCUAUCGAUUCGAACAGAAAGGUGGUCCAGGCUGUCCUGUGCCUUUUGAAGCAUUACCGUACAGUAGGCGGCCUUUGAAUACCGGCCAUCUUAAUACGGCCAACAUUUCAGCACUUCUGAACAGUGACUGUAUAAAGAAUUGGUUGAGUUUAGCAUUUUGUUUCUUCUUUUAAGCAUGACCUGGGUGACUUUUUAAACGGAAGGCAUCCACACAGAUUUCCUCAACCCAACCCAGACUUUUAAGGAGUACUUUAGCUAUUCUUUCAAAAAAAAAAAAAAAAGAAUUGUGAAAUUGACUAUCAAAUCAGUUAUCUUUUCGUUAGGGACAAAAUGGGCAACCUAGCAUGGCAUAAGCUAUAAAAACAACAAAACAAACUCCCCAAGUCCCAUUUAAGCUUCUUUCACUUGUUAUAUCAAAACUGCUUCUCAUUUCACCUCUUCCUCCAGUGUAACUGCCCAAGUCUUUUGCAAUGUGCAGAAAUAGCCUGUGUGUAAAGGUGGCUUCGUGCAAUUUAAUAGUGGGAGAACUUGCCCUCCCCUACAGUUGCGGUACUACAAUGCCUAGCAUCCUUUACCAUUAGGUGCAGGGUUGGGCAUGCUGGCUGUUCAGCAUCACCCAGAAAAUCAUAGGAUGGCAAUGUUUCAUUAGACCAAUGAGCCCAAGUCUAUCCUUUGCGUAAGGUAUAUCCAAAUUAAAUGACACCCCCCCCAAAAAGAUAUAGCUGGUGGAGGCAAAUCCAACUCUGUUCCAUGACUUUUGAACUGCUCUUAUCUAGUUAGGAAAUUUCGCCUAAUUCUGAGCUGCCAUCUGCCUUCCUUUGCUGACAAACCACUAAUAACUCUGAGAACUGACCACACUGUACAUUUCAUUUCAGACUUGGGGGGAGAACACCCCCCCCAAAGGGUGGGGUCAGUUCCUAUUUUUGCUCUCUUCUAGGUCAAUCUCUUCCUUUUGGUUCUCCAACCUCUUUAUACAAUUCAAAAAUUGCCUGGAGAGAUUGAAGUUAAUCUCAGUACUUUGAACAUUGAUUGAAUUUGUAUAUUUAUUGAAGGACACUCGGAAGAGAACGCUGGAAUUUUUAAGUCUCUUUGCAACAAACAUUUACCGGAUUCUUUUUAUUUUUCAUAUCCUUUGAUUUAAUGGCUGAUGUGCAAUGCUGGGUUUAUAGCACUAUAUUAAAAAAAAAAAGUAACCGCAAAUGGAGAAAGCAUUAUAGGACUGUAUGAUUACUUACAGGGAAAGAUAACCCAACGCUUUUCCUGGCUGCUUAGAAAUAUAAAUUCAGCUAGGGCAGCUGCUUCAUCUAGGUGACUUAACCUCACUUGGCAAGCUUUCCAAUUCUAUGCAACUCUUAAUACCAAAGUCCUAGCCAUUUUUCAGAAGAAACUGCGUGACAAGGGACAUUAAAAAGCAAAUUUAGUGGCCUAUUUUAAAAAGGUCUUGUUCCUAGUUGUGGCCAAGAACUCUUGAUUUAUUUACAGGAGUAUGUAAAUCGGCCCCUUUUUGAACAUCCAUCUGUGAUGAUCACCUCAGACAAUCAGCUCUCAUGAAGCAUGAGAAAGAAGAGCAGAAAUGAUGAAAGACACUCAAGUUUAUUUUCUUUUUCUGCCUCUGAUGAUUCUUGGAGAUGACCAUAGGUUUGCCUUCAACAGAGGGGGAGGGGGGGGAAAGUUUUUUUGUUGUCAUUGUUACCAAAAAGCAAAACUUGGAAAGGGUUUUUAUCCCCUGGUCUCAAGGCUGCUGAAAAAAAUAUUCAGCUAUGAGACCACAAUAUAUUCAGGAUUUUGGUCCAGGCCUUUUUUGCGAUGGAUUUGCAAAACCCAUGAAAGAAGGCAAAAUGAACACAACGAAUACAUUUAAGGGGCAGUAAGACAGCCUAGUGAAGAAGAAAGAAAACCACCUAAGAAAAAUGGCACUCUCAAUUUAUGACUCAGUAAGGAAAGCCACUGUCCCACUCUUAAGAUCACCAAGAUGCGGUUUCACAGAGCAAACAUUUUCGGUCCUAUUUAUCAGCUACGAAAGCAAACGGUCUUUCAAAAGAUCGUGAUAUAGUGAUCGUGGGUUUUUUCACUGCAAGGUUUUUCCUGAUAAGGGACGGUGGCGAAGGGGCGGGGGGCAAUAUGGACCCAAGCUGCUGCAAUCAUCCUUCUAAGUGCAAUCGCACCGUUUUCCCCUUCUCCACCCCCUCCAAUAAAUAGGUUGUCGGCUCUAUUUUGCAUCAUGUGGCUUCAGUUUUCCUCAAGCCCAAUGUGUGCUUUUUAAAGGACACACAGGAGAACCAAUUGGCUUGAUUGAUAUGGAUUAAAGAAUGAAUGUGCAUUUAGUCAAGCUUGGUUGGAGGCCAACCUAGCUGCAGACAUUGGCGAGCAAGCUGCCAGAGCAAACCACCGUUUCCCCAAAGUAGGCCUGGUGUCGUUUGAAAUACUUUCCCACCCAUGAUGCAGAACAGAUAAAAGACGGAGAUUUAAAAGGUGCUAACAUGAGGAGAAAAAAAAAACCAAUAGCCCACUUUGGACCAAUCCACCUUUGCAAAUGUUUUUCCUUUCCUUCUAGCCAUCCUUGUGAUAGUUAAUCUUGUUCUCCCUCCCACCCUCUCCACAAAUGUCCUGGUCCGAUGCUUACUUUUUUUGCUUUGUUUUUAAAAGAACUCAUUUGCUCUCCCUUGGAUUACUUUUUUUGCUUUGUUUUUAAAAGAACUCAUUUGCUCUCCCUUGGACGUCUUUUGGUGUCAUGUGUAAGAUUUCUUCUGCAAAAAAAGCACAGAGCGUGAGGGGAGAGGAGGAGGGCAAAGGCCCAGGCUGGGGCAGUAGAUGCUGUGAAACAAAUUCAACUUGUUUUAAGUGUACUUGUUUUGACUUAAAUGUAAUGUAAUAUAUUUGUUGAAUGUAGUUAUUAGGUAUUUAUGAAUAUAUGGCUGUAAUUUCUGACAUAAAAAAAGUAAUAAAAUGUUCCUAAAUCA